AUGUCAGACACUGUAGAUCUGAUAUUAAAUUUAAAUACAAUAUCAACAGAAUUAGUACGAUAUCUAUCCAUAUGUAUACUUCUAUGUGGAACAACUGGCAACGUAUUGAACCUAAUUGUAUUUUUUCAACCUUCACUGCGUUCAAAUCCAUGUUCAAUUUACUUUUUCUCAUCGUCAAUAUCAAGUUUAUUAGCACUUUACUCUGGACUUAUAACACGUAUAUUAGGCACUUAUCAAUUUGAUCCAACGAAUGAAUCUUCUGUACAGUGCAAAAUACGAAGUUUUUUAUUAGUUUCUUCGUUUACAACAUCAACGUGGUUAAUUGCACUAGCAUCAGUUGAUCGUUAUUUUAUUAGUUGUCAAAAUAUUCAACGUCGCCGUUUAAGUAGUUUAAAAGUUGCCUAUUAUCUGAUCGGAAUUCUAACAGUUUUCUCAACAUUAAUUUAUGCUGAAGUGUUUUAUUGUUUUGAAGGAAAUCUCCUCAGUCCACCAUCGCCAUUACCGUGCUAUUCCAAAAAUUAUCCAUGUCGAUUAUAUAAUGAUUUAACAUUUGCUAUUAUAUUUGUACUAACACCUUGUUUAUUAAUGUUCAUAUUUGGCUAUUUAACAAUAUUAAAUAUUAGAAAAUUACACCGAGCAGUUGGACCUGCUACUCGGAAUCAUAAUAAUAAUAAUCAUAAAGAUACUAAAAACAUUAAAAAAUCUGAUAGACAAUUAAUACAAAUGUUGUUGGUACACGUUCUGUUAUUAACAAUGCUUGCAUCACCAACAGCAGUUCAACGUUUAUAUGCAACAUUUACAAUAAACAUAGUUAAAAGUCAACUAUCAUUAACGAUCGAAAACUUUAUAUAUCAAUUGUUUCUUUUAUUUACAUUUAUCAGUAUGAGUAUGCCAUUUUAUUUAUAUUUAUUAACUGGUACACUAUUUAGACAAACUCUGCUUGCUCUAUUUUAUAAAGUGAAUCGUACAAUUAUGAACGAGUUUUCAAUAACAAAUAUCAGAUAA